GGUCCUCUGGCUGCAAAACAAGCCCAAAUCUUCACCCCUCCACCACCAUGCUUGACAGUUGGUAUGAGGUGUUUUUGGGGUUACACUGUGUUUGGUUUUCACCACUGUUCAUGGAAUUGUAGAUGGGUGUACUUUAUUCUUCUUUUUUACCGUUUAAUGCUCAGAGAUGUAGAGAAAAACCCAAGAGCUACAACAUUUGACCUCCAUAAGUAAAUUAAAUUUAUGUUCGUGACUGCACAAUCAGAAAAACACGAGUGGCUUUCGCCUUCGGAAGGGUGGCUAGGUAAAGCCAUUUUCUCCAAAAAAAAAGAAAAAGAAAAGAAAAUGGCACACAAUAUCCUUCGGACUGAUCGGACCAAGGUGGAGAUGUUUAGUCAUCGUGUACAGUGCCAUGUUUGGCAAAAACUGAAUCACCACAAACACCUCAUACCACACUCUACAGGGUGUAGAAGCCUACAUACCCUAUGUAGUGCGCUUAUAUAGCUACGUAGGUACUAAAAAACUAAAAAACUGGAAAAAAUAUCUAGGGAUUUUUAGAACCUAUACAAUUAUUACCAUGAAAUCCAUAUAGUGCAUUAUAUACCAAAGUUAAGAUACACACCUGACUGAUUUGACUCUGUAUACUAAUUAGGCCAGUUUGUAGUAAGUUUUAUUACAAUUUGUCAACACCAAGCGUUCUUGGUUACAUUCAAAAUGAGGGACGAAAGUAAAACAUUUAUUUGUUUUGUAGUCAUCCCAGCGUUUCUGUACAAUCCCUGGAUUUUUUCCCCCUCCACACUUGCUCCCAGUGAGGUUCAUUUCAAUGAUCCUUAACUAAUCCUAAAAAUAGCCGACAGCUUUCUCCUCUUCUUACAGCUGCUAUUUUUGAAAAGACCAGUCCCUGAGUGGGGGGAAAACAGCACAAAACCUCAGGAGAUAUUUUUUAUUGUCUGAAACACCUGACUUAUUUUUGAAAAGUUCCGUAAAACGUGACCAAAAAACGCUGAAAAGAAUCGUUCGCUGGAAAAGAACAAGAAGGCCGCAGCGGGAAAAGUUCGGAUCCGCGGUGUCGCCUGCGCGACUGAACCGACCGGCGAGCCACUGAACCCGCAGAGGAAUAUUAGCAUGGCCCGUCCUGCUGCUCUUGAGCACUAUAAAGCCGGCAUGUUGCUGAGCGGAGUUGGAGAUGCUCUGGGUUACAGGAAUCAGCUGUGGGAAUACAACGAGUCCGGCCUAGCCAUCCAUCAGGAACUACAGGAGCUUGGAGGACUAAAGAACAUCACUGUUCAACUUCCUGAUUGGCCGGUCAGUGAUGAUACGGUCCUCCACUUGGCCACCGCUGAAGCUUUAGCCACAGGAAAGGAAGGAGAGGACCUGCUGCAUGAGGUGGCGUCACGUUAUGUGGAGGGUAUGAAAGAUAUGGAGGGGAGGAAACCGGGACCAUCGAGCAUCCUGGGUGUGUCUCAGUUAAAACCAGGUACUGAAGGGGGAUACAGAAUAGCUUACAAUCCAGAAGGGACAGGAUGUGGCGCUGCCAUGAGGUCCAUGUGCAUCGGUUUGAGAUACCCUCAUCCGGAGCAGCUCUCCUCUUUGGUCACCAUCGCCGUGGAGACCGGCAGGAUGACGCACCCUCAUCCAACGGGAUUCCUCGGUGCCGUUGCUUCUGCGCUGUUCACAGCUUACGCCAUUCAGCGCCGUCCAAUCACAACCUGGGGGCUGGGCUUAUUGAAGGAGGCUUGUCCAAUAGCGAAGGAGUUUGUGAGGUUGGCAGGAUACGCCAUUCCUGAGACAGAGAGAGACUGGGGGUACUUCACAGAGAAAUGGGAAUGGUAUCUUGAAUUGAGGGGUUUGUCAUCAGGAACUGGUCCAGUGGUGUUUCCUGACCGGUAUGGACCGGCUGAACGAGACGAGGCAUAUAAGAGCUUCAGCCUCUCUGGAUGGGCUGGACGAAGUGGUCACGACGCACCAAUGAUCGCUCUGGAUUCUCUACUGGGGGCGGGGUCAAACUGGGAGGAGUUAAUGAGCCGUUCAGGUUUCCACGGAGGAGACAGCGACAGCACGGCAGUCAUAGCGUGUUGUUGUUGGGGUCUGAUGUACGGGAUAGUCGGAGUGCCUGAGUGUAACUACACCAACCUGGAGUACAGGGACCGGUUGGAGAACAGUGCUGAGAAACUUUACACACUGUCACACUGAAACCAUCCCAUCGUGUCAUCAUCUCACCAGACGAAACGGCAAAUCGAUCACCUAAAAAGGAAAUCCACUUGCUAUUACUGUGUUUUAUACUUAGUUUUCUUGGUUUUUAUAAAACAAUCUUAACUGCAUCAGGCUGAGGACAGCAAGGAAAAACAGUGUCUUAAUUCAGUGCAGAACGUGUCUGCUAAAUAUUGAUGGAACGUUCCGUGUCAAUUUCAAUAGUCACGUUAAAAUCGUAGGCCAUACUAACUUAAUUACAUAUCGGAUUGGGUGUAACGUAGCACAUGGACAAAAACUCUUUCGCCUGCUAGUUAGCUAACUCUAGCUAGCAAACUACAUGCACUAUCUAUUAUUGGUUAUCUAUUAUAUUAUUGGUACAGUGUACGCCAUAUGUGUAAAAUGCCCACUUGGAUACUUAUGUCAAAAAAGUAAUCAGCUAGCUAAAAUGAUAAGCUGCUAAUAUAUAAAUACACAUAUGUUAUAUGUCAGGUUAUUCUACCUUAGCUAGCUAAAUUUAACGUUAAAAUUAGCAAUAUAUGAUUAUCAGUGAAUGCACAUUGACCACUUUAGUAUCACGUAAAAAAAACUUUUUAAAAAUGAUUUCCAAAAGACAACAGACAACCAUUUAAUAUGUUUUAUUCUUCAGUUAUUUGGAAACUAAACGGUUGGGGGGGUUUGAGAAUUUAUAAACUGAGUAAAGUGAAGUAAACUCUGCAGAGUAGUUGAAUAAAACUGAAAUUUGUCCUAUAUUUUGUGUCUUUUUUUCUUUUUAAACAUUAACAAAGAAGAAUAUUAAUACAAAAUGAGUAUAACUGCUGCCCCCUUUUUUAAAGUCGCGCCUAUAGCCGUUAUUACGGUUAAUCGUGUCACACAGUAAUGGCGACCUCCUGCACGCGCCGGUUGCACGUUAUGUCCCAAACGACGUUAUUCUUCCUACAGAGCACGCGAAACAAGGGUAGGAAACUAAUGGGCUUAUAAGCCCUACGUAGUGUACUAGACGUGCAAUUUUGAGCGUUUUGGGGGGCACCCAUCGAGAAUCGUCGCGAGAAGAAGAUGGUCAGUUUAAAUACACGAAUCUGAGGUAAAUGACAUGUCAGUUGAACUGUGUUAGAGAACUGUAUACAUUGUGUGUGGUGAAACUAGUCAUUAUGUCAGAGUUGCUGAAGUAAAAUGAAUUAAAAAACCACAAAAACA